AUGCAGCCGAACCACUCCUUGUUCCAGACGUGCAGCCCGCCGGACUUCACCUGCAAUCUCUGUCGGUGCCCUGGCUUCGGCUCCCGCUACCGCUGCGACGCCUGCGACUUCGACUGCCACGAGAGCUGUCGGACGUGCCCACAAGCCAUCUCGUGCUCGCAGCACCCGCAGCACCAGCUGUCGCUGCAGUCGACGCCCCACCCGCCUGUCCGAAGAUUCUGCGACGGUUGCCGGUUUCCGGUGCAAGGGAUUCAUUACAGGUGCCAACUGUGUGACUUUGAUCUGCAUCCUCAGUGCAUCCAGCUGCCGCCGAUGGUGCGUCCGUCGACGUCGGCGUCGGCGUCAAACAACGGCGGCGGCGGCGGCGGCGGCGGAGGAGGAGGAGGAGGAAGAGUAGGACGUUUCCUUCUCCAAGUUGGAGUCAACGUGCUUGCAAAUGCAGUAGGCGUGGACUUGACUCACUUUAUCAACGGAUCAUAA